CCACCACCACCAAUGCUACUGCUGUUCCAUCUAUCGGCAGAAACUUGUUUUGGAAUUCAACUGGAUUCGAGGGCGCUGCUUGUGUUUGAAAAAAAUUGAACAAUCGUGUUCCUAGGUGAUAUGGUGAGCCCCAGCGCUGUGUUAUUCCAUCGGAUAUCGACAUUUGGAUGCUUUCUUGACUAAAAAAUCCGGAAUGGACAGAAUGGCAAUCCGCAACAUCCACGUGAAUCGCGGGCCCUCGGGUUUCGGGAUCACGCUUUCAGGACAAAACCCCUGCGUCCUCAGUAAUGUCCACGCGUCGAGUGGGGCCCACCAAGCAGGUCUUCGCCAUGGGGACCGUCUCUACAAAGUCAACGGUAUUCCUGUAGAUCAAGUCCCCCAUGACGAAGUGGUCGGUCUAAUCGCGAAGAGUGGACCAUCUCUGACGCUUUCGAUUGUUCCUGGGAAUCCCGCGAUUGGAAUGCCCGCGAAUCCGAGCUCGAGCGAAGAAGACGAGGAUUUCAUACAGAAUCGGGCUCAUUACAUUGUUGAGCAAAUGCAGAAUAAGCGUCUCCUCGGCGAACCUGAAGGAACAAACUCGAGUGCGGAGUUGGUGAACAUCCUCUUCAACCGGAAUCGACCUUCGUAUGCUUCAGGCUGCCAUCAGCAUCGCUCAGCACUCGGUGAGUUCAGUCUCGCCGACGCUGUGGGACAUCUCCGUGUGGUGGUUUCCUACCUCGGCAGUGUUUCUUGCUCAACUGAGGAAUGGGCUCAAGCGCUCUUAGGACGUGCCAUCGCUCAAUUGAAGGACCAGCAACGUGUUCUGGUUGCGAUGCAGGUGACCGGAGACGCUCUGGUCCUGACGAAUCAUAGAGGCACCGCCGUCGCGAGGUUCACUCAAGAAAGAAUCGUUUUUUACGGGAUGGACGAGGUGGACAAAUCGUAUUUCGGCGUGGUCACACGUCAAAGCACACGACAGAUUUCUGCUCACGUUUUUGUGGCCGACUCUCGUCUGGUUCCGCAUUCGAGUCAUGCGAGGCGAGCGAGAACCUUCAAGAUCGCUUGUCAGAGAGAUCCCAAGAGCAACACCUGCAAGGAAUUCCCGUCUACUGCGCAUCCAAUAAUGAUGGCGUUGGCGAAGAUCAGAGCGUGUCCGGUUCCAACCGCUCCGAGGAGCCUUUAUGAUUCAGACUCCGGAUUCCGUGAUGACUCGUUAGAAAGAUCGAUCAAUAGCGGACAGCUCGGGAAACAGCUACUUGGCUCGUCCUUGGAAGAAGUGAGCGCCGGAUUGCGCGAUCUGCUCGUAUUGGAAAAAUCGCCGAGCAAAACCAGCGAGAGUCAGGUGUCGCUCGAUUCAUUAGACGCUGUUCAUCACUACAAGCACAGUCCGAAAGUCUACGCGCUACGGAAACAGCACUCAUUGGACGCACUCGAUUCGCCGCAGCUCAACUACGCGAACCAUCGACGUCAGCACAGCGGGUUGAGCGCUCAAGAACCGCUCCAGAGUCAGCCUUCCGUGGUCUCGUGGACCGAGUCGCUCGACGCGGUGUUGAACCAUCCUGACGGCAUUUUGAUCUUCGCAAAGUUUCUCAAGAAAGAAUUCGCGCAGGAGAACAUAUUUUUUUGGACAGCGUGCGAAAAGUAUCGACACGAGAACAGUCAAACUCAACGAAAGGCUAUAGCGAAGGAAAUUUUCGACAAGCACCUGAAAGAAGACUCAGUCGAACCGGUCAAUAUCGAUUCCGUGACUCUGCGGAACAUUUCGAGUCAAGUGGCCGCCGGCUCGGCUCCGAGGGACAUGUUCGUCGCCGCUCAGGACCACAUAUACAAUCUCAUGCGCAUGGACUGUUAUCCGAGGUUUUUGAAGUCGGAACUCUAUCAGCAAUGUCUGAUCAAGGCCGUCAACGGCGAGCCGCUCCUCAUAUCCCCAAUGAAACCGGAUCCACCAGAGCCAGUUGCGAGCGAUCUAACACUCCAUAAGACCGUGACCGUAUCGUCUUCACAGGAAAUUACCGCCAGUAGAACGAACGUAUCUACGUCAUCGACCUCGUCCGUGUCGACCAGCGGCGGCAGUAUAGCCAAAGCCAGACGCUCCCUAUUUCCUCACGUGAAGAAGUUGACUCGCAAGAAAAAAGACGACGAGAAGAAAGACGAGAACCUCUUGAAAAAUACAAUCAGGAUCGUAACACCGAACGGUGAGAGCAAACAGGUGCCCGUCUCGGGAACGGAGGCACUCGCCGCGAUCAUCUCGGAAGUUCUGCAGAAAAGCACCGGUUCGGGAACUUCCCUCGUCGAUGUGUUCGUAGCUCAGAGUCAGCAGCCCGUGGAUCUGAAUACACCGGUCGCCCAGCUGCUGAAAGAGACCAUAACCAUAGAGCCGAGGGUCGCGUUUCUCGUCGCACUACCUUCUGGGACGAUUUUGGGCGUAAAAUGCGCUCUCACUGCCCCGCUGAAGAGCGUCAUCCAGAACGUUUCCAUUCGAUACGGCCUCGAUGCCGGCCAGAUGGCGUGUCGACUCGAUAACUCAACGAAGCUCUUGGAUCCUCAGACUCCAUGUGGUCAGUUGGACGGGAAGCAGUUAGUUUUGACCGCGAAAACUCAUCGCUUCACCGGUCCAGUCAGUCCCUGGUAUGGCCGAGGUCAGGACAUCAAGGCAUUUCUCGGUCAGGUUCAAUCGGGCGCCGUGAUAUUCGACGAAUGCGGCUUCGCGCUCUUCUCGUUGGGGGCACCACCACUGCCCCCGAAACCUAUAAAAUUCCAGCGGGGCAAUCAUCCACUCGAGAACGUCUGCAACAUAUCAUUUGUGUGAAAUACUUCGACUAGAAACUAGGAAACAAAGUAUCAUUGUGUCAAGCGAAUGCCGUUGAAGGAGGCGACUUCUCCGAGCACACGACCAUUCUCUUAUGAAUCUCUGAAUUUUUCUCGACGUAUGUACAGAUCGCGGUGUAUCUUCUAUGUAAAAUGUACAGCUUACAGG